AGCAGGCUGGUAGAGCCUAGCUCCAAACUUCUUCCCAUCCAAAUUUUCAAAAUUCUCCAUCAUGCUGGUGAGCUGCAAGAAGAUUUGUCCGGUGAAGAGACUGGUCAAGGAACUCAAGCAGCACCACGUCAUCCCGCGUCUGCUGGCCUGCAAGCCAACGGAGCUGAUCACAGUGCUUUAUCCCUGCAACAUUGAUAUCAAGCCGGGCAUGACGAUAGUGAUCAACGAGGUGCUCAACCGGCCGAUCAUCCGGUACAAGGCCGAUCCCGAGCGUUUCUAUACGCUAAUGAUGGUCGACCUGGAUGUGCCGCCGGACAAUUACUCGGAGUGGCUCAUCUGGAUGGUGGGCAAUAUUCCGGGUUGCGACGUCGCUUUGGGUCAAACGCUUGCCGCCUACGACAACAAGCGGGCCAUCGAGGGCAAUAACAUCCAUCGCAUCGUCUUUCUGGCCUUCCAGCAAUAUCUGGAGCUCGACUUCGACGAGACCCUGAUUCCCGAGGGCGAGGAAAGAGGUCGCUCCACCUUCAAUUGUCACAAAUUCGCACGGAAGUACGCCCUCGGCAAUCCGAUCGCUGCCAAUUUCUAUCUGGUGGAAUGGACUUGGCGGUGGACACCCACUUUUCUGACCAUUGAAGUUGAAGAAUAAAAUAAUAGUUGUGUUUCA